GAUGACUCACCAGUCUUUUGUGACAGUGGUGCAGAGAGAGUGCUUUUCACCCAUCUCUCUCCCUUGGGGCUUGCAUACAAAACGAGAAAUGGAGGAAGAAUACAGAAGAAAAGGAGAGGAAGAUUGGGUUUUAGGGAGCAUUAAGGAGGAGUGGGGGGCAUGGAUAAUUGAAGGAAAAAGGGGAGACGAUGGGGACGAGGGUAGAGACCGGCAUAAAGGACGGGGAGGACAAGAUGAAAGGAGCGAGCGAAGAUACGAGGGCUGCAGAGAUCAUAAACAACGGAUGCGUAUUCAAGGGAGAGGCCUUUUUGCAGCUCUGCUUCUGUUGUCCUAAUGGCUGGUGAAAGCCUGGUUGAUGAAGCAUAUUAUGUGGCUAAGAUUGUGUCCAACAAUGGUUGUUUAACAAUGAACAACAACAAAUGGAUCAAACAUGGAGAGGAGAGGGACAUGAAGAGGAAAAAACGGUUGGAGUCAGAAGCAACGUUGAGUGGGAGAGUUCUUCACUAUCUGAGCAACUCAUAUAUAUAGAAGAUAUUUUAUAAUCCUCUAUUUAUGUUUUUGCAACCACUUGGACAACUUCUUCUUUAUGUUAUUUUGGGAAACUAAAACUAAAACAUUUUGGCCAAUAGAGGUAUUCAUUUCUAAAUGUUUGCUAGUUCUCAUUUUGGUUGGAUACUUUUGAUAGUCAUGUCUUGACUUUUUUUUAUAUUCUCAUAUCCUGCAAAACUAAGCUAUUCUUGUUAAAAACAUAUGUUACUGUUACAUUUCAGUAAUGUAGAGAACAUUUUAAACCAUUGAAUCAAACUAUGAACUAUGAAAAAUAAUCAAAUUUAUUCAAUUCAAUGAAUUCAAUUGACAUCAAUCUCGAGCCAAUCACCAAGAGCUCGCACAUGUUUUAGUAAUUACCGCUGAAAAAUGUAAAUUGAAACAUUCACACUACAAAUGGCGGACACUUUUCCUUGUGGUUCUGCAUCGGGCUUCUUGGUGCCACUACAGAGGAAUUGGUUUGCUGACUGUUUUGGGCCUGGAGCUGGAUACCUACCACAUCUUGUUCCUGUGAGAGUUGGAUGCUUUUGGAAUUAUUAUUUUUAAUGAUGAAAGGUGCGACGGAAGACUUUUCCUGAGCAACAGGGUGUGAAAAUCCACUGCGGGGACCACAAUGUCAGAGCGUAUGUGCUCAGCCUCAUCUUCUUUAUCGAUGAAUUCUCUCAGACAUCCUAUAAUGUAACAAACCGACUUCACACCAGUCAUUGUGUAUUAUUUAUUGUCCGUUGCAAGCCAAUGGGUGAGUCUCUCUCUCAAUGAGGUUAUGUACUUACUAUACGAUACUAUUCAUGUAAGUGUUUCCUAUUUUAUUUUGUUCUCAUCUUGCUUCAGAUCACUCCCCUUUUCGCUGUGUUUUCCUGCCUGCCUUGAUGGUGGUUUUGUUAGAUGUGUCCACGGUGCUUUUACAGUCAACACAGGAGUGCAAAGCCUGCAGGAGCACAGGCUGUCAACAUGAGCCGCCAGAGGCCCAAAGGGCACAAAUCACUGCCCAGCUUCCCUGAUCUGUGAUGAAACGAGAAUGGAAGAUUUAGCUUCAAUAGACGCAGGUGGAGGAGUAAAUGGACACCCGACAAUAGACAAAUCGUCUUCUGCUGCUGCUCACACUGUUGGGUCACACUGCAGAUCCUGCUUGAGAAGCAUUAAGCUCUGGAUACCUGUGGACUAUAAGAACGAAACCAUCCAGCUUUUCAAACUAGCGGGACCUGUGUUCAUUUCACAGGUGAUGAGCUUCCUGAUCGGCUUCGUCAGCAUGGUGUUCUGCGGCCACCUGGGGAAAACGGAGCUGGCGGGGGUGGCGUUAGCGAAUGCGGUAAUAAACGUCACAGGCAUUUCCAUUGGCAGUGGAUUGGCGUCAGCGUGUGAUACUCUCAUUUCUCAGACUUAUGGGAGUGGUAACCGAAAGCGCGUGGGAGUGAUACUCCAAAGAGGGGUUUUGAUUCUGCUUCUGGCCUGUUUCCCCUGCUGGGCCGUCCUCAUUAACACUCAGCCCAUUCUGCUGGCUGUCAGACAGAGCGCAGAGGUCGCCAGACUCUCCCAGCUGUAUGUGAAAAUCUUUAUGCCGGCUCUGCCAGCUGCCUUCAUGUACCAGCUGCAGGGGAGGUAUCUUCAGAAUCAGGGCAUUGUGUGGCCCACGGUGGUAUCUGGAGCCGCGGGGAACAUUUUAAAUGUAAUAAUCAACUACAUCUUACUCACCCAUCUGGAUCUGGGGGUUGCUGGAUCUGCCGCUGCAAAUGCCAUCUCCCAGUAUUCCUUAGCUGUGGUCUUGUUUGUGCACAUCUGUUCCAGAGGACUGCACAAAGCUACAUGGGACGGUUGGUCAAGAGACUGCCUGCAGGAGUGGGGUCCUUUUCUCCGUCUGGCCAUUCCCAGCAUGCUGAUGCUUUGUCUGGAGUGGUGGCUGUACGAGAUUGCAGGGUUCCUGGCAGGCGUCAUCAGCGAGGUUGAGCUGGGAGCUCAGUCCAUAAUUUAUGAAAUGGCUGCUAUCGCUUACAUGUUCCCGAUGGGUUUCUCGUUGGCUGCCAGUGUUCACGUUGGAAAUGCUCUUGGGGCCGGAAACACAGAGCAAGCCAAGCUAUCCAGCAAGGUCUCCAUCAUCUGCGCAUUCACUGUGUCAUGUUUCAUCGGAGCGUGCCUUAUUGUGUCUAAGGAUGUGGUUGGUUACAUUUUCACUACAGAGAAAGACAUUAUUCAGAGAGUGGCGGAUGUCAUGAAGAUUUACGCUUUCAUUCACGUUGCGGAGGCCUUUGCGUGUGUGACCGGCGGGAUCGUCAGAGGGGCGGGGAAACAAGUGGUUGGUGCUAUGUGCAACUUGGUGUGUUUCUACUUCAUCGGGUUCCCCAUCGGUGUGUCUUUAAUGUUCCCUGUCAAAAUGGGCAUCAUAGGUGAGGACAGAUUCAAUGUUCAUGCAAUGAGUGACAUCAUCAUAUUUCAACUCAAACUAACAGACGUUUGUGUUACAGGACUGUGGUCGGGGUUUUUACUUUGUGCUUCGCUACAGUCCGUUUUCUUUAUAGUUUUCCUGUGUAAAUUGAACUGGAUAAAAACCACAGAAGAGGCGGUAUUCAGAGCAGGAAUCCGCAUUACAGAGGGAAACAAGAUAUUCGGGAUAGAAAACAAAGCCCCGGAUGAUGCAAACCGCCUCGGAAAGACCAGUCGAUGUAAUUCUUCGAGUUCGGCGAAGGGCAAAGUAAUGGAAGUGCUCGAAGCAGGUCAGCAGACUUCCGAUGACGUGGCUCUGUCAGUCAGGCAGCUGGUGGUACGACGCGGCCUCGCUGUGCUGCUCAUGUUCAUCAUCCUCGCUGCUGGAGUGUGCAUCAGCGAGCUGCUCAUCAGAAUGCUCGAAUAAGACAAGUGACCAUGAACUGUGUGUGCGUGCAGCACGGAAGCAAGCUGUGUGAGUCUGCCUUUGUAAUGGCAAACUUCCCUACUCACACGUUUACAAAACAUCGGACCAUUUUUUAUACAUUAGUAAUGGCAAAAUGCAUCAUAUAACAAUGACACAAGUAUCAAGUGUCUCAUAACUGCAUUGAAUAAGUGGAAUUAUUGCACCCUUUUGAAAAGUUCCAUCCAUGUUGAUAAUUCCUUAACUUCCUGAGAGGAUUUGUCUUUAAAAUGGAAUUUAGUCAUUGUAAUAGUGAUUCUUGCUCAAAUCUAAAAUAAAUACGUCAAUCCACGUCA